AUGUUCUCUUAUAAUUUCUAUUUUCAGCGUAUUUACGGCAAACAGUUAGAAACUGAAAGAGUGACGUAUUCAAGCCUCAAAGACAAUACAGGCAAGAUGGCUUUUGCGCCCGUUGUGGCCACCACCUCUUCCUGCCAUCUUGAUUUACGGUCGCAUACAGAACCGCAGCGGUGGAACUUCAUGUCCUCAACUGGUUUCAGAGGACAUGUGUGGCAGCGAAAAACGGAUAAAAAAAACUUGGCUCUGUGGGGAGAGAAGAGGAUGCUCAUCACCCUUCAUUUCAGGAAGAAAUUGGUACCACUUAAAAAGCGAGAUUUAAAUGUUAAAAACGAAAAAUUGAAUAACUAUAAUUGA